AGCACGUGUUUCUUGAUUUCUGACCUGGUGUUCUAGAGUGUAUGGUGUCUUAUAUAGGGAACAGUGAGAAAGGACCUUCACUCCUCUCCCUGUGUCUUAUAUAGGGAACAGUGAGAAAGGACCUUCACUCCUCUCCCUGUGGUUCAGUGGCUGAUGUCUCUUCUUAUUUUUUUUCUUCUCCCUCGUCACUCGGUCAAGAAAACAGAACUGUCCCCUUUACAAGAUAAAACCCCUCUGCUUUGGUCUGUAUGACAUCAAAUCGCUCCACUCCCUCCCUUAUCCACUCUUUAAAUUCCCUUAUACUCUUUACCCAAUCUUAAUAACCCUAGGAACACUUCAGCAAUAUAAUAUCUUAAGAGUCUUCUGUGGAAUCAACUCAGACAGGUUUGAAUUACUUGAAUCGCGCUGACACACCUUCUCCUCACACUCCGUCUCUUAAACGUCCUUUAAAUUCCCCUAUACUCUUUACCCAAGCUUAUUAACCACACAGAUACUUUCUUACUACAAUAUCUUAAGUCAUACGUAAUCAUAUCAGAGGCUGGAAUUUUUUGAAUUUCGCGCGAAAACAUCCGCUCUUCACACCAUCUAAAUUGUGUUAUACUCCUUAUCCAAGCCUACUAACCCUAGGAACACUUCAGAACUACAAUAUCUUAAUAGUAUAGUGCGGAAUGAUGCCUUUACACGCUUCAGUUACGCUCUAAUAAACUCCUUUCAAUAGCGAGAAAAUAUGAGCUGUCAAGUGAAUGGCAUCCACCAUCACCAUGACAACGGGUCGUGAACAGCCAAUCCCAGCUCGCCAUUUCAUCCGGGACCUCAAGAUGGCCACACUGAUACAAUAUAGUUUAAUUUCCAGCCAAGAUGAGAGUUAACCGAGACAUAUAUGGUGGAUAAAAAGCUCUUAAAAAUAUGGGUGUUCCGAGGAAAGUAUACCACUAGGGAAUGUGGGUUACAUUAGUAAUGGAGGAAUAUUUUGAGAGCAGACGAAACUAAAGGUACAGUUACUAGUUAGUGUUUUUGUGUGUUUGUUUAUGUGUGUGUCGUGGAGGAGUGAUCUGUGCCUGACCAUGUGGCUGUAUAAUGAACCAGGCUGUUGCCACGGUGACGGUGGUGGUGGGCAUGAUACAGAUGCGGGAGGUGGAGUUUGUGCCCGAUAGAGACAUGCAGCUGGACAAAUUGUGUUGGUCAUUGGUCAGACUGGAGUUUACAUGUGUACCUCCUUCACCAUCAUUGGUGGACACUUCACCAUGAGUGAUGCUUGAGCUGUCACGGUGCUGCUGCUGCUGUCUGCCAUCAUCACCCUGACACAGACCACCCUGCAGACCACCUUCAUCCUGGGUGCCACACGUCACUGCUGCUACAACUCAGAGCAACUGGAGCGCAAGCCAGGAAGGGAGAUGGAUGCUUGAGCUGUCAUGGUGCUGCUGCUGUUGUCUGCCAUCAUCCCCCUGACACAGACCACCCUGCAGACCACCUUCAUCCUGGGUGCCACACGUCACUGCUGCUACAACUCAGAGCAACUGGAGCGCAAGCCAGGAAGGGAGAUGGUUACCUUCUUGUUGAUGUGCAAUCUUGCUAUGUGGGCGAUGAACACCUCUGAGACAUCACGAGCAGAUGCCCAUUCCAGCACAGCUCAACUUGUAUGGAAUCUGGACCUGGACCAUCAUAUCAAUGCCACUGCCUUUGAUAUGUGUUUGAUAUGGCUUCUAUUGCUUUCAAGUGACCAUCUGCCUCUGUGAAAUAUGGAAGAUCUUACAAGCUCAAGCAUGAGUAUUAAGCAAGUUAUAGGAAUGCUAGUAUGAGUGUGGUGUGUCUGAAUUAGCUGUCAGAGUAUUGUAAAUAUUAUUACUUAGUCUUCCCAGUUAUGAAAUUAAGAACAGUUGUGAAGUUUGCUUUAAAACCCUUCAUUAACUUUGCCACAAAACACUUUUACAUGUUAUCAAAAGUGUGUAACUGUUAUGAUGUGUGCUAUAUAUAUCAUUACUACAGAAGAAUCUGGAAUUUCCCCUCAGAUUACUUUAAUGAAUGAAGCUUGAGUUCACAGAUGUGUGGUUUGUC